AUGCAAAUACCGCGAUGGACUCCGGAGCUUCCCUUCCCAGUCGCUCAGCGUCAUACCGUUGCUCGGUUGUCCGAUACGCUCCCUGCACAAACUGGUAAAAAUGAAGGUGUCACUUCGCCUUCUGCUCGUCGGAGUAGAACUAGCAAGGGUAUCAUAAUUAGGACUGCCUUUACAGUUCUUUUGGGCUUCAUCGGGCUCGCCUACUUUUGUCACCGCUCUAGAGGUCUCCUGAAAUCGAAGGCACCAGCCAUUCGACGUCUGGCUAGCAGUGAUGAAGACGAAGUAUGCAACGAUCUACUUGAGAUAAUAGGAAAGGGCAGCAAAGAAAAGGGUAGUGCAUAUCCGAGUUCCCAGGAACUCCUCCACAGCUCAGAACCCGUGACAGGAAGCGCCAGUCGGAAAAGAAAACCUAGCCCGAAUGAUCGAGGUGAGGAGGCGGAGCACGCAAAGAGGCCUAUAUUUGGGAGGGGGACGAAGAGUUUGAGUGGAGGUUUGCAGGGUGAUUCUGACACGGCAGCGAGCUCGCCUUGGAAAGCACCCUCACCCAACCAGCUUGGUGGCUCCCGUGGGGUAUAUCAAUUAUCUGAAGGUUUGAGCAGCCGUCAGAGAGCAUCGCCCGAAGAUGUGUCUCGAGCAAGUCUCACUGUAACAGAGGAUUUUUUCACGGGAGAUGACGUGGAACAAUGGUUUCUUGACUACAUUCUAGAUCCAUCAUCAGGGUCAUUGCCAGGAGGCGCCUCAGAGCAUUUCAGUGGCACACAGCAAUUCACUCCUGCACUGGCGGACGACGCGGUUGACACGAUACACCACAGUAGGAAUCUAGGGCCCCAACAGCAUAUCUCGGUAGCUCAUGGCCAAGCAAAGGAUGAUACUCAUUCGCUUACUCUGGAGACUCAGCAUCUGGAGGGAUACGGGAAGCCCUCUGGCGUUUCUACAGAUCCAGACAGAGCUUCAGACUCGCUGCAAGAAUACCAGUCUUCCUUCGAACAUCAACCUUAUGGAGCCGUGCAUAUCCGUAGCCAGGGACCUAAUGAUGCUAGCAGACCACCCGUCGCCACAACAUCUAAUAUUAACCCUAAAGCAACCCUGGUUACUCCAGAGGAUGCGUUUACACAGGUUGAGGGGGUUGAUCCUUGGCUUUUCGACUACAUUCUAGAUUCGCCCCUGUCUUCCCCACCGGCAAGUGGCGUAGGUGAUUCCAGAGCAGCACAUGAAUUGGGAAGUAAGAUGCCGGCCAGCCAAGGCCAGCUAGGGCAUGAGAGCCCGAGUUCGUUUACUAAUGACACUGCGGAAGAUGGUACUUAUCUGCCUUUUCGGGAGGCGCCGGGUGUACAGAUGUACUUGGAACCCCCUACAGUGUCUAGAGGGACAACCAUCAGCUCCGGGAAGGUCGGACUGCACGCGGGUUCUGUGGCGGCUAAGCAUAUUCCUGCAUCCAAGGGCAUUCCUUUGCAGGCACCACAAUUUGUUGGUUCUUCUGCCUUUCCCGACUCGGCUAUCGCUCCUCAGGCUUCCCCAAGUGGGUCGUUGCCUCCAAAGAGGCAGGACCAGUGGCUGGGGAUCCUGCAUAGUUUAGGCCCCACUCCCUUCGAAGCUCAUCCAUUCUAUCGUUUGCCAAAGGCAGAGCCUUCGGACAGACUGAUCCCUUUGAGCUUGGCAAUGGCCAGGGCGUUUUCCAAUCGAUGUGCAGUCCCCGAAACGCUUAAGGAAACUCACCAAAUACUGCGUAAACCAGAACUGCAGCACAACGAUAUUCAGGCAUUAAUAUAUUUGGCCGAAAAACUGGUUGCAAACGCAACCUUUAUGGGUUACUUUUCAGAGAAAACCGCCUCGCCGGGGAAGCUGCGCUUACCUCUUACGCGUCGGUUUCUCAUAGCGGAUGCACUAUGGAGCAUUUGCAAAGUCGUUGGUCCGCCCGUGAUGAAGGAGCUUUGGUGGGACCAAGCUAUAGAUAAUAUGUUGACACUUCCUACUGUUUGCUGUUCCUUUGGGGAAAGCACUACAUUACGUUUCGUUAACCGGCUGAUCGAUGCGCUGCGUGAAUACAAGGAAGGACGCCGUCCUUCGGCAAAGGAUAUAGUCGAGCUCAAGACGGAGAUAUUCUGCGCCCCCCAAACCCUAGCUGCGUUCCGCGCCAGUGCGUUUGACAUAUUUAGACGCGAUGGCGCCUGCUGA